AUGGAUUAAGAAGUUCAAGUUAAUUAUUUUAAGCUUCCCUAAAAGGAAGAUGGUGAGAAAGGAAUGCUGAUUUCCAUCCUCGAUUGUUCAGGAUCAAUGUCAAGCUGUAAUAGUUACUCCAUUAUAUUUUAGAUUGGAAAUAUGUUUCCAUUUAUCAAAAUGAGUUAAUGAAAAAGACAACCAUGUCAAUAGUCAUUACUUUUGACACAUCAGUCAAAGUGUUGUAACCAAAUGAAGGAAUCACUCCAAACAUAAAUUAAUAUGGUGGAGGAGGUACCGACAUAACAUGCGCAUUUAUUGCCUUAAAUAAAGAAAUUGAAAGAAGAAAGAUAACAAGUGAUUUAACAGUAGUGUUUGUAUCAGAUGGGCAGGGAAGCUACGAUGAGAAUUAAAUAAAGUAAGGGAUGCCCAAGGUUGACAAUCUCAACUUCAUCUGCGUGGGAGUAGGAAAUGGAUUCCCAACUCAUAUUUCAAUGAGUCUUCGAGCACUCUAUCACACAGGCAACUUGUCAAUACCUCCAGUGUUCAUAGUCGCAGUCCAAGAGUAAUAAGCAGUGAAAUCAAGAGAGGAAUACUUGGAUUCAAUAUUCAGAGAUGAAUUUGAAUCCGUCGGUGCUAUAUUAAAGCCAAGGAAGUAAUGCCAGACUACUCCUUGCUUAUGCUUCCCUUGGAGUCAGGAGAAAGCCACAAUGGUUUGGUCUGGCAGUUGGGUUGGAAGCCAUGACCAUGAAAUUGUUUUCGAUGGAGUUGUAAUCUAGGCUUCGAAUCCAUCUGAGUUGAUGAUUUUAGAGUUGGCAUCAUAUUGGCUAUAGAAUAUUCAAUUACUUUCAUUGAAAUCAAAGGUGAAAUAGGAAGCACAAGUGGCUCUUGCAGAAUUAGAGAGAUUAUCAAAUUUAAUUCCAAAACUUUAAGGUUAAAAGAAAUAAAAGACCUUUGCUUAGAGAGUGCAAGAAUCAUAAAGUAAGGAUACAGGACUCUCAGAUCUUGUCGCAGAAUUGAAGUUGUUCACAUAAGACUUCACAUUAAAUCAAUUAAGUGAUAAGGAUGCAGCUGACAGAUUGAAGAUUGGAACUAAAGUCGGUAAAUUUCACAAUAAGGCUCUUAAAUUUGCUGGCUUAUCACUGGAGGAUUUUACAAAGGCCAAAUAAUAGUUCAUUGAGUGUCUUAAGUAACAUAAGUUUGAUGGCAAUGAUGGAGAUAGAUCUAUUAUGACAUUAUAAAGUUAGAAGGAGAUAUUACAGGAAGAAGAUCUAAUCUACGGAUUGGAAAACUGCGCAUCUCAAUAUUAAUUGGUGACUGCAUUCCCAAUAAUUGGUUAUGGAUUGUAAGUCAAAAGAUCCAAUGCAAGUAUGAUUGAUCCAUACAGAAUUGAAAUUGUCUCUGUAGUUAGGAUCCAUAAGUUUUUAGAUUCAGUUUCCUUAAUCGAGAACCCUCAGCAUGAAUUGAAGUUCUAAAUUGGAAAUGGAGAGGAGGAGAUUGUAAACUGUAUUCUUCCCUUGUACACAAAGAAGAACGAGGAUCUUAAGCCAUUCUUCAGAUCCUUACUAUUCCACACAAUAAUGACAUUCGUAGUGUGUGAGAAUGCAGAUGUGUGUUUUGAUUAUUCCUAUGCAGCCUUAUUAGCUAAUACUCUAUUGUUUUUGAUUAGGCAGCCAAAGUCUGAAUGGACUAAGGAGAUGAUCAGUUUGAUCAAUGAAUCCUAUUCUUUGGCUUAUGGGUAAAAGUAUAAGAACUACACAGAAAAGUUAAUUAAGAACCCAAUCCAAACCUUGGUUGAUGUCAAUAAGGAUUUCGAUACUCAAUGCUAAGAUACAAUCAAGGCUAUUCUUAUUCUAUCUGCCGAGAAGGAUUAAUUAUAGUAGGAGUAAGUCAGAACUGUCCUUGAUAGAUUUGUGGUUGAAACAAUAGGGAGAAUCUUGAAAGACAUGGUUCCUAAGGAUCACAUCAACAUCUUCUUCAAUUAAGAGAAUGAAGCUUAAGUAAAUGGAACUUUGUGUGAGAGAAUAAUUAAUGGAUUUGAUAAUGAAAAAUUGAAGGAAUUUAAAACUAUGUCUGCAAUUACUUCUUAAAUAUUCAAGGAGGUUGAAUAGAUCAAGGUUGAGGAGUUCAAAUUGUAAAUGACAUUCAAAAAGGAUCAGGUAAUUAAAUUGUUAUCCCACUCUAAAUACAAAUAUGAAGACUUGUAAGGCAUUUACGAGUACUUUAUGCUUGAGGAAAUCCCCUAAAAUUUAUUUAUCGAAGCUGUAUUUCAUGCAAGAUACCAAAGAUCAAUUGAGAGAGCCACCCAUGAUUUCAUUGCAGAUAUUGAUUAACUUAAUAAGGAGAUUCAAGACGUCAAGCAAAAGUUCAUCAAAUAGGAUGUGUUGGAAAAGUGUAAAGUGGAAAUCAGAGAUCAUGUUCAAAAGAUGGGAAUCAAAAACUUGUUUGUUUAAAGAAUGCCUGGGUUUGGAAUAAGUAGAAGAAGAAGAAGAAGACCUAAUGUAAAUAAGGCGUAGCAGAAAUGAUGAAUUACAAUUAAUAUUAAUUUAUUGAUAAAAU